GACCUAAAAGUUUCCAGACAGUUCCGGAUACGUUCUUUCUUUCUUUGAAACGUUUGGCUUGUUUGACGCUGCGUUUGUUUGACAUCAACGAGGAUGGUAAACGAGUCCACAUUUGAAGACAUGCUGGCGCUGUUUAGUAAGUCCUACUCAACUGAAGACAUUUCGUUGUUUAGAGAGACCGUUCCUAAUUCGUUUCCUACUAUAAAUGGCUCAAGAAAGAUUUCAAACUCUAUUUAUUACAUGGGCCAGAUAGCCGACAAGGAAGAGACUGACAGCUUGGACGAUCAAUGGAUCUCGAGGACUAGUAGUCAGUUUGCUUCUAAAUUGGAAAAGAUAACAAAGGACAAUGAUGCAAACCCCCUCAUCAUGCUCACACGAGAUAUGGAGGCUCUCAGAGAAGUAGUAAGCCAGCAUAAAGCAAAGCAUUCCGAGAAAGAGUUGAAGGAAAAGUUGGAGAAAGUGCCAAAAGAAUUUAGCUUCUCUCUACAACAGAUUAAAAAACACCUUACUUUAAUUAAACAGGAUGACCUGAUUAAAUUUGUAGUAAACGCUUUGAAGGAGUCAUUGUCAUCUGGAAUUUGUCUACUACAAAACAUGAGAUCUUUUGACUUAGGGUUAGAGAGUGAAUACUUGAUGCAGGAUAUGCUGGAUCAGUUGAAAAAGAAAAGGGAGAAUCGAGAUCAUGAUCAGUUAAUGUCACUUAUCCUUUCUAACGGCAAUCAUGUAUCUAGUGCAUGGAUUGACCAACUAUUACUAGCAAACAAAAGGAAACGGAAACCAUAUAAAGAUGAAUCUGAGAGUCUCAGCGUAUUGCAAAAUUGGCUAGAAAAAGCUGCUGCCAAAACACAUUUUGCUCUCAAUCCAUCUGUACAGAGUCGUCACUCAAGCAGUGGAGCCAAAAAAUCUUGUGCUCGAGAAUUGAUCGAAGUAUGUACACUAAGUCAUCACUUAAGCAGUGGAAUCAAAAAAUUUUGUGUUCAAGAAUGGAACAAACCAUCUGCAGGGAGUCGUCACUCAAGCAGUGGAGUUAGUAGUAUACAGUUGAGGAAAGAUUACCAGGGGAGUGACAAUGAUGUCGAUGGUGUUGCAAGCAGUCAGGUCAUGUCUGCUGUAAUUUCUAACUUAACAUCUGGACAUCGUCCCAAACCCAUAUUCAUACCAUACGACACUCUGAUGCAAGCAACUAAAAACUUUGAUGAAAAGAAGGUCGACGAAGGAGGCAGUCUCAUUGCAGCUGGCAGUUUUGGUCAAGUUUUUCUAGGAGAAUGGCAAGGGCAGCGAGUGGCAGUAAAAAGAUUAAAGAAGCCCAAAAAUGAACGUUUGUCGACUGUUCGUCUUUCAAAGAGGCAGUACAUGAACGAAGUGUCGGCACUAACAAUGUGCCCUCCUCAUUCGAAUGUCGUUGGGCUGAUUGGUAUCUGCGACGACGGACCGGAAUUAUAUUUGGUGUAUGAAUAUGUCGAAGGCAGGACGUUAGCUCAACAUUUGGCAAAGGAGAGCAGAGAACCUCUGAAUUGGAAUGAACGAAUCAAAAUGGCUCAAGAUAUUGCCUCAAGUAUUUACCACAUACAAUCAACUUCACAACCUCCACUCAUCCAUCGAGACGUCAAAAGUUCCAACAUUCUGGCAUCAUGGGAUCGAAGAGUACUAUUGGCCGACUUCGGUCUCUCAUGCUUUGGAGAGCAUUUCGAUAACAUGCAUGCCAGUUUUCUCGAAUCCGGUUCAACAACCGUAGGUACACGAUGUUACAUGCCACCCGAGGCGUUCAAAGGGAUAUUCAGUACACGAACCGACGUCUACUCAUUUGGAAUGAUAUUACUCGAGCUGGUAACGGGAUUGCCUCCUUACUCUUCAAGCAAGAAACUCAAUCUGGCGACAUUUUUGAAACAAAUUGAAGGGGAAGGCACCGACCUGGUCGCGAUGUCCGACCCGCGAGCCGCUUGGCCUGAUCCGGUGUCUAACAUGCUCACUGAUCUGGCGAAACGUUGUACUGACAUAGACAGUCACAGACGACCGUAUAUCACGGAGGUUGCUAUAGAAAUGAGUGGAAUGAAUGUACAGAUUGGCGUUGCAGUGUUUUGUACGUGCUGUAGGUUUUGA